GGCAGACACACACACACACACCCCUCUCUCUCUCUCUCUCUCUCUCUCGCUAAAUGGAGGCUUCAAGUUCUCUCAUGGCGGCCUCCCCCGCCUCGUUACUCGGAUCUCUGAGAUCGAACACGAACAAUGGCAGAAGAAGACAGUUCGCUGUGAGAGCGUGCCGGCCAAGCGGCGAUGGGAAGAUGAUGAUUGCUAAGGGAGAGAAUGGGUGGAAGAUUGAUUACUCGGGGGAGAAGCCUGCGACGCCUCUCCUCGAUACGAUCAACUUCCCUAUUCACAUGAAGAACCUCUCCCGGAAGGAUUUGGAGCAGCUGGCUGCUGAGCUCAGAGCGGAAGUUGUGCACACCGUUUCGAAAACUGGAGGGCACUUGAGCUCCAGCUUGGGGGUGGUAGAACUGACUGUGGCUCUUCAUUAUGUGUUUAAUGCUCCUCAAGACAAGAUCAUUUGGGAUGUCGGCCAUCAGACCUAUCCUCACAAGAUAUUGACUGGAAGGAGGUCGAGGAUGCAUACAAUCAGGCAGACCUCAGGGCUUGCUGGGUUCCCCAAGAGAGAUGAGAGCGUUUAUGAUGCCUUUGGCGUUGGCCACAGUUCCACAAGCAUCUCUGCAGGACUCGGAAUGGCUGUUGCAAGAGAUCUACUAGGGAAGACGAAUCAUGUUAUUUCAGUGGUUGGAGAUGGAGCUAUGACUGCUGGCCAGGCCUAUGAAGCAAUGAACAAUGCUGGAUACUUGGAUUCUAAUCUUAUUGUCGUGUUGAAUGAUAAUAAACAAGUUUCUCUUCCAACUGCAACCCUUGAUGGACCUGCAACUCCUGUUGGGGCACUCAGUAAGGCCCUUACUAAGCUUCAAUCCAGCACAAAGUUCCGUAUGCUACGUGAAACUGCUAAGAAUCUCACAAAGCAAAUUGGUGGGCAAGCACAUCAGAUUGCUUCAAAGGUGGAUGAAUAUGCUCGGGGAAUGAUGAGUGCCUCUAAUUCUACAUUGUUUGAGGAACUUGGUCUGUAUUAUAUAGGUCCUGUUGAUGGGCACAGUGUAGACGACUUGAUCACCAUCUUUGAGGAGAUCAAGUCCAUGCCAGUUCCUGGUCCUGUCCUUAUCCAUAUUGUGACAGAGAAAGGAAAGGGGUAUCCCCCUGCUGAGGCUGCUGCAGACAAGAUGCACGGUGUUGUGAAGUUCGAUCCAAAAACUGGCAAGCAAUCCAUGGCAAAAUCCUCCACCCUUUCAUACACCCGAUACUUUGCAGAAUCACUCAUCAAAGAGGCCGAGGUUGAUGACAAGAUUGUGGCUGUGCAUGCUGCCAUGGGAAGUGGCACUGGGCUGAAUUAUUUCCAGAAGAGAUUUCCAGACAGAUGCUAUGAUGUGGGAAUCGCAGAGCAGCAUGCAGUCACAUUUGCAGCUGGUUUGGCCACUGAGGGCCUCAAGCCUUUCUGUGCUAUCUAUUCUUCAUUUCUGCAACGGGGAUAUGAUCAAGUAGUUCAUGAUGUUGACUUACAGAAGAUUCCUGUCCGGUUUGCGCUGGAUCGGGCUGGUCUUGUUGGAGCUGAUGGACCUACUCAUUGUGGAGCAUUUGACAUCACAUACAUGGCUUGCUUACCCAAUAUGGUUGUGAUGGCGCCAGCAGAUGAAUCUGAACUAACGCAUAUGGUUGCAACAGCAGUGGCCAUUGAUGACAGACCAAGCUGUUUCAGAUUUCCUAGGGGCAAUGGAGUUGGGGUUUCCCUGUCUCCAGACUACAAAGGAACUCCUCUCGAGAUUGGGAAGGGUAGGAUUCUGAUGGAAGGAAAUAGAGUUGCCAUUCUUGGAUAUGGCUCCAUAUUGCAGACAUGCAUAAAAGCUGCAGACUCACUUAGGAACCAUGGAAUCGUUGCCACGGUAGCUGAUGCCCGGUUCUGUAAACCUCUUGAUGUGGAGCUUAUAAGAAGGUUGGCAAAUGAACAUGAGAUUCUGAUCACUGUGGAGGAGGGUUCCAUUGGAGGUUUCGGUUCGCAUGUCUUGCACUUCUUGACCUUGAGUGGGCUUCUUGAUAAGCAGCUCAAGGCAAGGUCACUGGUUUUGCCAGAUCGAUACAUUGAUCAUGGAUCGCUUCAGGACCAAACUGAAGAAGCUGGACUUACUUCCAAGCACAUUGCUCGAACUGUGCUUACCCUUUUGGGCAAACCUAAGGAAGCAUUGCAGCUCCACUGAACUACUUUAAACUGGAAGUCAGUGAAAUGAUGUCAAUCUGCACUUCCUAUUGUGGCUAGCGAUUAAUGUAAUGAGAUAUUUAUAAUCUGUUCUUUACUACACUGUCAGUUAAUCACGUACCUUGUUUUCAUUAUUGUUGCAUAUUGAAGGGCUGUGUUCUUGUUGCUUCUUCAUGAGUAAUUCAAAGCUUGUUUCUAAACA